AUGGCGGCCAUCGAAGACGAGAGCAAUAACAUUUCAAGCGCUACAGCAGAAGUGGACAGCUUCACUGUUAGCGGAUCUCAGGCGCACUCUGAAGUAGCACUAAGUGGACAACCAACUGUGCAGCUCGCCGAACUGGAAAAUCAGGAUGGUGCAAAUAAUGAGUUUACUGUAACCACUGUUGGUGAAGGUGGAGGGUCUGAUCAGGGCCUGUCAGAAUUGUUAGACAGCAGCUCCAAAGGAGAUGGUUGUCAAGAAGUGAUCAGUCAGAUUCUAGGUACAGAAGUCUUAUCGGAACAUAACAUAAUAACGUCAUACGUUCAUACACGAGAGAAUGUUAAAACAGCUGUCUCCACGGAGAGCACAGCCGUCAGCGGCGUGCAAGCGCUCACACCAACAACCACCAUUAUUUACGUCCAACCUGACGGUAGCUUCGUUGAGAGCUCUGGAUUAUCGGCGGAGGAACAACAACAACUUAUCGAACAACUGGCGAAACAGCAGCUUGUCCAGGUGACUGGCAAUGAGGCGGCUCGCAUCUUUGAGCAAAGCCAGGUCUCCAAAUCAGUCACCACUCCGCAGCAAAGUGUUGUGAGUGGUACCCUGGCGCCAAUCGAAGUGCAUCAAGUAAUAGAACAAGUCAGUAAAUCGCAACAAGCUGCGGUACGUAAAGAACAGAUUGUUCGCACGGCAACUCCCCAAGUUGUGCAGAGGACGGUGGCAGGACAUCCUACGUCUUUCAUAACACUCGAACCAGGGAAUUUGAUUACCGCAGGUGGACAGCUGACCACUACUAUACAACCACAGCCGCUGACCAUCGUCCAAAACGCGUCGCAGCAGCUACAGAAUGUUUCUAAACACGUAACACUACAACAGUCUCAAAACGGUGCACAGUUAAUACAGAAAAAGCCAGUGGAAACUGUCCAAAUCCAAGUGCAGAUUCCACAGAAGCAGGAAAUCAAAGGGCGUCAGACUGUUCCUCUCAGAGUUAUUCAGCCUCAGAGCUUGCAAGUCAACCAACCCAUGGUUAAAGUGUCCACCGUUGGAACCGUGAGUAGCCCUCAAAUCAUCCAUAUCACCCCUGUGGCAGGGCAGCAGCAGUACUUUCUCCAGAACCCUGGAGAACCUCCCAUCCAGCUUCUCCUCCAGAAACCGGCUCCCGUGGUCAGCAACUUCGUGCCGGUGGUGCACAAAGUCUCAGCCCCGGCUUCUGCCAAAGGCCCGACGGCCAAGCCGAGCGUGCCCGCGCCCGCUCCAGCGCCUUCGGCCCCGGCCGCGGCCACAGCCCCGGCCCCGGCGCGCUCUUCCACGGCCACCAAAGAGACGAAAGAGCGCCAGAGGAGCAAAAACAGGCCCAAGAAGCCCCAGAAAAUACAGACCCGCUCCGGGAGAGUGUCCAGGCCGCCUAAGCACAAGGUGAAAGAUUACAAAUUCAUCAAGAACGAGGAUCUGGCCGACAGUCACCAGUCGGACUCCGACGACUACUCGGAGAUAAGCGUCGAGGACGAGGAGGGAGAGGAAGGCAAGAAGAACGUGUCGGACGUGAAUCUCGCCCUCAACAACCGGGCUUUCAAAUGCGAAACGUGCGACAAGGCUUACGUGGGCCAUGCUGGUCUGAACAGACACUACAAGCUUAAUCCCACACACGCGACAAAGCAGCCUUCUCCAGAACAAACGGAGACCAAGUCACUUGACAGUACUGAACAGACUGCAGGGACUGAAUCCACCAGCACUCCAGUCACAUCUGACUCUGCGAAACUUCCUCUCACACAGAAAGCGCAGGUAGAACCUUCUGGGGCGGGCCAGGCGCACGGAAGGGGGCGGCCCAGAGGACCGGGUAGGCCCGGCCGACCCAGGCGAGUGGGGCGUCCGCCAAAGCGGGGCCGACCCGGAAGACCUCCGAAACACCACGGUGCUGGCAGCCUGGAGCAGCAGGCUCAGAGGAGGAGAGCUCGACUGAAAGAGGCAAUGCAACAGUGUGAAGAUGACGAACUGAUUGAAGUGGCGCUUCCCCGCUUAGCCAAAGCCAUGACACUCUGGGAGUUUGUUCUAAUGAAGGUGGAAAAGCAGCACUCCUCUAAACCCCAGUUUCCUGAUGUGUACCGUGAGUUUGAGCAGUUGCACAGCCAGGUGAAGAAAAUGGCCCAGGAACACUUCACUGGGGCUGCCCAACCAGCCCUGCAGGUCCACGACAUGGAGGUGUUGAAGUCUCUUGGUGUUCAGCUUAACAUGAUGAAGCCCCUGAACACUGCUUUAGGGCAGAAGAGUCAGGAGAACCAGGCCACCAAAAACGUUCGCCAUCUGGAGAACACCAAAAUGCUGCCACCAGCGAAAAGGUUCAAAAUGGAAAAUCGUCCUGGGGAAACGAAUGGUUAUCAGGUUAAUCAAAACGGUAUCGAAAAAGAACAGAAGGAAGAGACCUCCAGCGCACUCCGAAAAACGCAAACCAGGCCGGAGAACCCGUCUCCCUCGCCAGCAACAGCAGAGAAGGACACCGCUCCCAGCAGCUCGGAAGGCGUCGUCGCCUUGGAGACGGGAAUCCACCCCCUCGAAGCGGAGGGAGACAAAGCUCAGGAGGUUCCCGACGCCGAGAUGUCGGAGGUCUUCAGCAUCGGCGGUCCGAUGGACAUAGCGGAUCAGAUGAAGGAACUGGAACAGGCCCUGGGUUCGGACCUGGAUCGGGAAUACAAGAGCGCUUCCCACGGGCUCAAACAGCAGCCGCACCCCGAGGAAAACUGUGACCCCGCCCAGACCUCUGACCCCAAGCAGCCCGUCGCCGCGGGAGACGGAACAGAGACUCAAUCCACUCAGCCCUCGGUCCAAGAGGGCCACCAAGAGCAGCAGAUCUACAUCCAAACAGAGGAGGGGCUGAUCCUGCACCAGGCGUCCGACCUGGCCUCCGAAGGCAUCGUCAUAGUGGACGGGCCGGAUGGCGCUACCAUGCAUAUCCAGGCUCCGGAGGGGGUGCCCUUAGAGACAGUACACGCUAUGCUCGGCAUAGAGACAGAAGGACAGGUGGCUGGCGUCCAGAUGCCGCAGUCUCUUCAGUAGCUUCUUCCGUUUGUGUCAAG